AUGUACGCAAAUCCAGCUAUACCGCCUGGAUAUAUUGUGGUCAAGGGUGAGGAUACUCUGGCACUUGGUCCCAAAGUGGAGACGAAUGAUUGGCAUGCUCUGGUUGGAGAAUAUUGGUUGAUUCUCUUCUGGUUGUUCUUUCUUAUGCUUCUAAUUAUACUGUUGCCAUUCAUAGGACUUGGCGCUGUUAUUGCUUUUCUAUCAAAUAGACUGUUGGAUCAUGGCAUUGUGGAAGCUGCAAACUCAAUGCGCCAAGGUACCAAAGAUAUUUGUGCCUUUCUGAAGGACGUCAAGGAACAUAUUCAUCAUCUAUUUGGCAACAAUUAUGAGGAAAUGCUGAACCAUUUAACCGACACUCUGACCAAUUCUCACACGCACAUAUUUUUCGAUCUGGGAGAUACCUCCGAGGCGAAUGCAUUGGAAGAGCUGCAACGUAUACUUGAUAAUUUGCCAAGUGCAUUAGAUUUAAUGAAAGACGUGGUGGUUCUUGAGAAAAAAUUACGCUACUUUGGCGAUCAACUACGUGAUGGCAUACGCGGUAUUAAACGUGACUUGAAUAACGCCUGCCAAUAUGCGUCGAAUACGGAUAAAUUCUUAGAUUUUUUACGGAAUACGUUGAUUGAAUUUAUUGAUACCUCAGUCUGUCUGCACAUGGAUGAAUUGCCCCACACAUCCGUAUACGUGCAAGGCAUUAUGGAGAUAAUUGAUAGCAAAGCUCAUGAAAUACCAAAAGAGGGAAUAAAACGCUUUCAACAUGUUAGCGAUGUGAUCAAGGCAGCCACGGACAAGGUCGCUCCGCCACUGAUAAGUGAUAUAACCAAAGGAAGGGAUACCAUGUUGCAACAUGCAAAUCGAAUACAAGAUAUUGUGGAUGCGAUCAUCAGUGAUAUUCACUUGAACACGCUGAGAUCGACACAAUCCUUUGAGGACUUCUAUGUAAAGUAUGGCAUCCAUCGCAGACCCGUUAAUAUGUUUGCCUGUACUGUUAUUUUUGUGAUUAUUGGCGCCCUGAUUGUUGCACUCAUAAGUGGCUUCUGUGCCAGAAGAACAACUGGAGCUACCUGUCUAUUGCUAGCCAUUAUAUUAAUAUUCUGCGCCAUUUCGUUUAUUACACUGAUUGGACUUUUCUACUUUAUCUUGGGAAUUGCGACCUACCACGGUGGAUGUGCUCCAUUCAAGAAAAUGGAGGCUAGCGAAGUCUUUCGAAUGCUGGACGCUGUUCCUGUAAGGCUGAGCAAUCGUUAUUCCAUCUGUUAA